CCCCGAGCGCUGAGCGGCGGCACCGCGACCGCCCCCGCGCCGCCUCCUCCCGCCGCGCCCGGGCGGGCACUUGUUGCAUUGCGAGAGGGCUUCGGCAGCGGGCGGACUUCUCAUCCCGUCCUGGCUGAGGUUUACUGACUGUUCCUCAAGGCACUGGAUCAGGGUAUUUGGAGCAGCUGGCACGAGUCAUAAGGAAUAGAAGCUCCUUCAUUACACCUGCAAUUGGGAUUUCCCACUGCCUCUCAAAGUGGCAUCACUGAAGGGGCCAGCUGUUUCUGCUGUGUGAGGUCAAGAGCUCCUUCCAAUUGCAUCUUCUGUGCCAUCUGCAAAACCCCCAGUUACAGUCUGAGCACAGAAGAGUCUCUUUACACUUUCCAAAGAGGGGAAGCUUUGUGUACAGAGAGGGUCCCCAGUGUGCUGGUUGCAGAGAGGCCACCUUGUCAACUGGGAUCACAUCAAGUGCUCUGAACUCCCCUUCUUCCAGCAGAACUGAAGAGGUGCAGCAUGGCUCACAACUGCCUGCAGUGUAUCAAGUACCUAAUGUUUGUUUUCAACCUUCUCUUCUGGUUGGGAGGCUGUGGAAUCCUUGGUGUAGGCAUCUGGCUGGCUGUUACCCAAGGGAACUUUGCCACCCUCUCCUCUUCUUUCCCGUCCCUGUCAGCUGCCAACCUGCUGAUCGUCACAGGGACGUUUGUCAUGAUCAUUGGCUUCGUGGGCUGCAUAGGUGCCAUCAAAGAAAACAAGUGCCUCCUGCUGAGUUUUUUUAUCAUGCUGUUAAUUAUAUUUCUGUUGGAGCUCACUGUUGUGAUUCUGUUCUUCGUCUACACCGACAAGAUUGACAAGUAUGCUCAGCGGGAUCUGAAGAAAGGACUUCACUUGUAUGGGACAGAUGGAAAUAUUGGCCUCACUAAUGCAUGGAGCAUCAUUCAAACAGAUUUCAGAUGCUGCGGAGUCUCCAACUACACAGACUGGUUCGAGGUGUACAACACAACCCGGGUGCCAGACUCCUGCUGCUUAGAAUUCAGUGAGAACUGUGGGCUCCAUUCCCCAGGGACCUGGUGGAAAGCGCCUUGCUAUGAAACUGUGAAAGUAUGGCUCCAGGAAAACUUACUGGCAGUGGGAAUCUUUGGAUUGUGCACAGCUAUGGUGCAGAUUCUCGGACUCACCUUUGCAAUGACCAUGUAUUGUCAGGUAGUCAAGGCAGACACCUACUGUGCAUAGAUACCAUUCCCAAUAUUUCUGCUUCUCCUCCAAAGGACACAGGAGAAAUCUCCUUCAUGCUCAUUCAUCUGACCUUUUUUCCCUCCCCUUUGUACUAUAAACUGUGUAUAAUGCUGUCUUUCUGAAGAUUUUGUGAAUCACCCCACUUUACUGAAGGAGGAAGAGAAGAAAAAGUCAGUAAUUGAACUGGCACAGGUAAGAAGCAGCCUUGUCUUUAAGCAGAGGAAAACCAAAAAAGCAAUGGUUCUUUUUCCAUGGCCUGUGGCAAGGCAAGAGAGGCUGCUUACAAGGGGCUGACUGCAAACCCAUGUUAGGAAAAGAUGGCACUGAGGACACCUCUGCAAAAGCUGCCAGGCUGCCUUCCCACAUUUCCAGUCUGGAAGAGAGGAUGUAGAAAAAAAAUGUUCUUCAGCAAGAAGGUACAGAGUAGCUAGGACUGAAUGCAAUUGUAAUUUUACUACAAUUUGCACACAGCUAAAAUGUUAAGAUCAAGCAGCCCUGCCUCCAAGUGUCUCAAGACGAUUUUGUAGCCAGGAGAGGAUCAUCUUCAGAAGUGCAUUGUUUUAAAGAAGUAUUUUUAAUCUUACGUGCCGCAGAGUCAGGCUUUUAAUCAGAAUCUGUACAGCGAGAUCCUGGCUGUUAAUGGAAAACAAUAUUGGACAUUGCCUCACUUCCUAAUUGCCAGUGGCAUAUAGAUGGUUGACUGCAUAUGUUAUAUAUAUUACAUUCAUAAACACAUACUUUUCUGAAAGGAGGUGAAAAUACUCAGCAUCUAACCUCAGAAAGAGGAAACCUUUCUAUCCUAUUUUACAUUCCAACUGAAAUAACCAAGUAUUAUUUCUUGUACAAGGCACUAUCACUUAUACCUCUGGGAAACAAGUAAUUACUUUCAGCUGUAUCUUCAUUUCAGUAAACAACUUGUGAGUGGGCUCUCUCUGUCAGUCUACUAUGGUUUUAUUUAUCAUCCCUGUUUCAAGUAAGUCUGCCAAAAAAUAUCACUCAUUUCCAUGCUUGAAGAUGUGUGCAAAGCUGUCAGCUGUUCCUUCCCUGAAUGUCACCAUUUCAUUAAUUUACUUUGGGAUAACAUCAUCUGCAGGUAUGAUAAAGUUUGCCUUGCUGAGGAAAAAUCUUUCACACAUUGCUCAUUUUUCUGAGAGUUAUUAAGACUUCAGAUGCUUUUAUGCUUACCUUUUUUUUUCCUCCCAGCUGCACGCUGACAACAGCCAAGACACAUCAGUCUCUGUUAGAACUGGAGUCACUUCUCAGUGCUCUUUUUCAGAUGCAUUUUCCUUCACCUAGCUACUGGCUAGAAUAUAAUCCACACUUUCUAGAAUAUCAUGGAAUCACAGAAAUAUGUAGAAAUCAAAACUGUAACUUUCCUUAACCAGGGAACAGCCAUUCACCGAUAACUGAAGUAAUUGAUGUAGUACCCUCCUAGGCAUAUCUUCUGGUGAUGAGGUUAAAAUCAGAUGUGUCCUGUUGUUCAAACAAAUAAUUCCCUGCCAGCAAACAGCUCCAAGUGGUGCAUGUGUGCCAGGGAGAAGCUGAAGCACCCCAGGGAAAAGACACAGCAGGGAACAGGCAAACAGAGCAAUGCAGAUGGUCUGCUCCCUCCAGCCAGCAUUUGAGGAGCUCUCAGCCACUGUCAUUUAGAGCAAAGAGCUGACCAUGGAGCUGUGUUUUCCCAGGAAGCUGAGUGCAGCCAUUCCUGCAGACUGCAUCAAGCUCAUAGAGGAAGUUACCUUGCUUACAAUAGCAGGUCUCAGCUCAGAGUGACAUUCUGCCUGCUUUGAUUUCAGGGCAAUUUCCAGCUGGACUUGCCAACCCACAGCCCAUUGAACAAUCUCCUUUACACCCAUAACUAACCCUUUUCUGGACCUGCAUUAUUUGACAGAUUCACUCUCACUCAUUAGAUUUGGGUUGUUUUUUUUUUUUUUUUUUUGUCUUCUGCCAAUUUCUUGCAGUCUUCUAACUCUCAAGCAGAGCUACUCCAUAUUUUCUGGGAAAUUGCUUAGGACAGUCUGGUGUUUAAAAGAGCAAUUACCUUCCAAAAUUUUACCCCCAUGGGGCAUUUAGCUGUGCAGGCUAAGAUAAAAGUAAUGUAUUACUUGUGUGCAUUUUAUGUGGCUUCCCAAUCACUAUCACAGCAACCUCCCUACCACUAAAGGAUUUUACUGUCAUGCAAACAAUCCCCAACAUACCCAGGCUGGGCAAGUAGCCCAUACACAGGUGCCCUGUACUCCAAAGCAAGAGGCUCACUUGUGUUGCAGUCACCACAGUCUCCCUGCUCUCUGCUUCUUGAGCCCAGGCUGACCUGCAGACUGUUCUGCUCUGCAAAAGAUGGUGUAAGUUUGUUCCUUCCCUCUCUUCUACUCUGUGCUGUUCUUAACCUGCACAGAUACAACUCCAGGUUAGUUGUACCAUUAGUUCUUUCCUUGGUUUAUAGUUUGUACACCAGAGUGCUUCUGCUGACAACUCUGAGUUUCUACCACUGAAAAUCAGCAUGACACAGUGAUGAAUACAUUCAUAAAACAUUGAUUUUUUUUCUGAGACAGAUAAAAGGUAGACAAGUCUAUUUGUAGUGAUCCCUGCCAUUAAAAAUUAACACAGAGACAGCAGGCUGAUGAUGGUUCAGUUGAUGGGUGCAAACCAUUGUGCAGAACUCCCACAGAGAGCACUCUCAUCAAUUUGCUUGAUGGUGGUGUAGGGAAAA